CGAAACGCUAGCUUUAAACUGGAUCAUUUUUCCCUCUUACAACCCAAAUCGGGGCAAAGCCUCGCGGCUCAGCCACCAAGGGCCGCCAAGGCCGUUCAGCGACCACGUCGUUGUCCAUGGGCAGGAAGUGGAUGUGCACUAAGCAAGACACUAAUAUAAACUUGGAUCUCGCCUUCAGUCUUCCCAUCCCUCAUACAAUCAUAGCAGCCAUCAUCAAUUUCUUCUAAGUCCUCUUUGAUCCACCCUAAUUCCCCGAUUAUUACAUAUGCAGGCCGUUCAGAAACCAGUGACUGCUAGAGAGCGCGCUUCGAUUAUCAAAAAGGCCCAGGAAGACGCGCUCGCUCGAUUGCCUCUAAACACACUCUUCAUCGUUCUUUACAUACGAUCCGACCCUCCCCAGUCAAAUGACUUUCACUGGGGAUAUUACUUCCACACUAGCGCCCAGGGAGGGUUGAAAUAUCACAUGAGAAACCUGGGCGGAGGAUGGAUCCCAGAUCAUGGCCCAACCGGUGGCGUUUUCCAAGUCCAAUUUCCUGUGCGUCCUUAUCCAGAUCGCAAACGUCCCACACGCAAAGCACGGUUCUCUCGAGCAGAUUAUGAGAUCUCGCGAUGGAGACGUCAAUUCAAUUCCCGGUAUAACCUGCCGAGUAUGGCUAAUGGUCAUCUUGCGAGAGUUGAUUCGACAGGGGAUAGUACGCUGCAGCAAUAUUGAAGGUUUGCAGCAGGAAUGUAUGGCUUUCGGAGACCAAUACAGUUCGGGAGCAGCGAACAAUACCCAGCCACGACCUGUAGUAAGAUCAACCCUGUGUCUGUGAAGGUAAAUUAGGGAGGAACGCACGUCGUUAGCAGAGGAGCUGCAGAUAUUUGUUUUUUUUUUUUUUUUCUGCUCUCUUGUUUAUAACUCGCAAUCGUUAUCCGAAUCCAUUCAGCCAAUGUGUGCAUGCC